AAAAUCCCAUCAUCCCUUUCGAAGCCUCGUUGCUAGAGUAACCGGAUGAGGCCUAAUCUUUUUUUCUGUUGAAAUUGGGGAUUAAUUUCUUGCGAUGUGGAGCAGAGCCUCGCGUAUCGGAGUGCCUGGGUUCUUAGAAUGUCGGGUCCUCCAUGUCACUGCGGGCCGGGCGAUUCGCACCCAGAAACUAAAGGAGAAAGGAGAGACAGUGGAAAUACCCGGGCUGGAGCCCAUCACCUACUGGGACAAGAUGCACUUCGAACCGGGCUUGGCUGAACCCAAAUAUCCCGUCUGGAAACGUGAUCGGGAAGAUCCCUUCCACCGACAGGGCCCCAAGUACGAGGAGAUGCCACUAUAUAAGGACAAGCCGUGUUACACCUUCCAACAGAGAACCAAAUUGCUGGAAGGUGUUAAACAAACUCUUUGGCUGACCAAGUCUAAAUUGAUAGAUGGCCUUCCCAAACAGAUAGUAAGCAUAGCUGAAGAUCCUGCAUAUCGCAUUGAAGAUCAGGAUGAGCGUGUUCAGGCUGCUAUCAGUCAUGCUCGAUUCUGGAGUGCUCCUGAAAUCCGUCCCAAAAGAGAUCGGUUUUGCCCUGUACUGAUGCAGAACCUCCUACACUUGUGCAGGAUCCAGCAGCCUCGAUUUCCCACACUUGGAAACAGGAUGUUGGCUGAAAAUUACCGUAUAUCAGUAACAUGGGAGAGAGAGUCUGACCUAUAUAGGAUUUGUGGUUUGAAUGGAAUGCUCGUGAGUAGUAAGCAACCUUUACCAGCCAUAGCAGGAGAAAAAGAGAUAUUAAGCACAGAAAACCACCCCCUUCCAACAUUCUAUCCUAUUUCACCUAAUAUUGACCUGCAGCAAACACACGUCUAUGAAGUACAUAAUGACACAGGUUUCCAGGAUGGAUACCCUUUUCCUCAUGCACAUACCCUGUAUAUUACGGAUCCCUCUGUUAAUGCAACACUGUUGAAACCAGAGCCAUUGAGGGCCAAGAUGAUUAUGUUCACUUUUGCCAGUGCCCUUGUAAGGGCCAAGAUCUUGUAUGGGGAACAACCAAAGGUGUUAGACAAUCCCAUCACAGUACAAUGCAUUGCCACGAAUGGAAGGCUGUUCCAGUUUCUAGUUUUCCAAUUAAAUACCACAAAUCUACAAUCAAAUGAUGGGAUAAAAAAUCUCAUUUGGUUGGAUCAAGACCAGCUCCUGUAUGAGUAUGCAAAGUGCCUCCCAAUACUGAAAAAGAAAAUGAUCCAGGUUCCUGCUGGACUGGCUGGAUAUUGUCCUGAGACAUUCAGCAAGUUUCUUGCAUUGUACUUGCAUGGGGCUGUAUAGAAUUAUAAAUAAAUUUAUAUUAAGAACUAUUUGUAUGAAGUGUCUUGGAAACAAAAGAUUCUUGAGUGGAAACUAGAGGAAAUACUGGCCAUAAAUGAAAGUACUAUGACUGUGGAUGUAUACAAAAAUCAGUAUUGCCAAGAAUUUCAAUUGGAAUUAAGAGUAUCAUGUUGAAAAGAAUUAAGAUGGAAUUAAUUGUGAAUGCCAUUUUUAUUUUUAUUAAAUGUUUAAAAUGCU